CGUCAGUUGCAGGGUGACAUUAAACAUAAUUAAUGAAAGUCAAAAGCAGCAACUGGAAUCUGUGAGCUACUCCUCCCGCUACGCUCUGGGACUUUUUUAUGAAGCCGGUACACGGAUUGAUGUCCCCUGGGCUGCACAGUACAUCACUGAUAAUCCCUGCAUACGCUUCAUCUCCAUCGAUAAUAAGAAACGCAAUAUAGAGUCUCCUGAAAUUGGGCCGUCAGUUGUAGUUCACACGACUGUGACAUUUGGAAGCGAGCACCUGGAUUCAGACCCUGCAGAGGUGCAGCAGUUAAUUCUCAGUCACCUGGAGAGGAUUGUGCCAUCCCUACCUAAACCAGCCAGCAUCAAGUUUCAGAAAUGGAGAUACUCUCAGGUUACAAAAGCUAUGCCCGAUUGUCUGGGACAAAUGAUCCUUCAUACUCAACCUCUCCUGAUUUGUGGGGGCGAUGGAUUUACUCAUUCCAACUUUGAUGGCUGCAUAGAUUCUGCUAUGAGUCUUGCAGAGGCUGUGAAGUCUCAUUUAUAGCAAUUUCAAAGUCAGCUGCUAAACUUAGUCUAGAUUUAUGAUGAAUUUUACUAUGAUGGAUUGAAUUCUAGUUUAGUGUUAACAUCACUGGCCUCUAUCUUGCAAAAAUAAAUAAAGGAAGAUCUAUUGGUGUGCUG